CCCUUAGCUUCUUCUUCCCAUUCCAAAUUCCAAAUAUAGGCUAAGCUAAGCUAGCUAGCUUUACAAGAACAACAAUAUAUACUAUGUAUGCUUCUCUUGGUAAUUUACUAGUACGCCACAAAUUCCUUAUUGUGUGCAUUUUGGUGGUUUCUAUGACGUUGAUGAAUCGGGCUGGCGGGGAGCGGGCUAAUCCCGAUCGUCGGGUUCCUUUGAAGGCGACGACGACGACAAAGUCAUCGGAUUCCGCGACUGAUGACAUCGGUGCAAGUCAUGAGGGGGUAAAUGAUGAUAAAAAGGGAGAAGGAGAAGUUGAGUUGAAAGGGCCUUUGAAGCGCGGGAGGAUGCCGGCUUUCCAUGGGAAGGAAAUUAAGGACUGUUUGCCAAAGGGAUUUAAGCAUGCUUCUGCCCCUAGUCGUUACGUUAACUAUCACAUUCUUGGCUCUUUCCGUUGCUCCGAUCCUCCUCAUCUCCACCAUCACCAGAAACCGUAAUUAGCUUGCGUGCUAAGAUUGUUGUUGAUUUCAGUGUUAUCAAUUUCGUCGUUUUAAUAAGUUUGGGAACGUAACACUUAUAAUUCAGGUUGAUGUAAUAAUAGUCAAUUAAGAAGGUAAUUUUGUAAGUUAUCUAUGUGU